AUGGCCGAUCCCAACGCCGCGACAGAGAAGCUGGACAACGAGGAUGCGCCUCACGCUCUCCACGAGUCUCGGCGGCCUCUCAGGAUAGAAAUCGAGCACCUCGUCGCACCAUAUCUGUACGCCGCCGAGAGGCCGCCUUUUACGGCUACAACGCUCAUUGCCAUGGCUGUCAUUUGUAGCUCCUACGAAUACGUCUCCACAAAACAAAUCCUCUCCUGGAUUGUUCGGCGGUUCUACUAUUACAAGAUGUUGGCGAUCGAUGAAUACAGCCCGGAAGUGGCUGCCUAUGUCGAUACUAACCAACCAACGGAUCUGGAGAUGCUCAUUGAUGGAUCAUAUGAAGCCUUUCACUCUUAUGACAACCCUCUACAAGUGCGGGAAGAGCGGACCAAGUACAAGAGUGUGUACAUCUACUCCAUCAAGCCGAACCACGCCCGCGUCUAUCUCAGCGGUCUACUUGCACCACCAUGCAAGAGCCCAUUCAGACUUCUAGAUUUACCUCCGGAGCUUCGCGUUCGAAUCUACGAACUGGUCCUCCAUUUCCAUGACUCUGAAAUUGUGACUCGUUGGCAGCCAGGGCACAAAUUUGGGCUGAGCACUCUGUCGAGUCACAUCGCCGAGAAUGAUGAACACUGGCACGAUCAGACUAUUCGUCAGAAGAAUUUGGCGACAUUGCCAGAAGAUGUGGAUGCCCUUCUUGUCAGUUGUCGUCGAGUCCGCCACGAAGCCCGGCCCAUUUUCUUUGGCACUAACUGUUUCUCAUUUCCACUCGAAUAUACCUAUCUCAACUUGCAGCAAUUCUACACCCAGGAGCUUGCUUUCCUCAAAAAGCUCAGCAUCAGGAUGAGGGGAUACAGGCCCCUGUAUACCCACAGAUACCUGAAUCAGGCAACAAAAGCCCUCGAGCAACUGACGGCCUUGGAUGAGUGCACAUUCUACAUCGACGACACUUUUUGGGUGGAUUCGGAUGAUGAAGACCCCGUUCUGGCGCGCUACGAAGAUUUGGAAGAGUUCCGCGGCUUGGUGGCUGUCGCGGCUCGGGGGAAGAAGGUCAAUGUCCACCCCGACCCAAGAUACUCCUUUGUUCCACAAGGCUGCGAGCAGUUUCAAGCGUUUAUCGACAAGGCGGUCAUGAAGAGACGAUCGUAUCUGGAGACGCAAGAGAGUGAUUGA